ACUUUAGCUAUUUUAACAACAAGCACCUGAUUCCACAUGCUUGUAGUAGUAGUGGUCAUGAAAUCAUGAUGGUAUACUGUCAUUUAGCAGGGUGAGGUCAUUGUGGAGGGAAACACUGUAGAGAAGGUCUAACUUUAAACACUCGUUGUGUAUUAAUCAUACUAAAUAAGUAUCUAACACCCUCUCUUGUGUAGCUAACUAACGGCUGCCUCUGUGACUAUAGCAACCAUUUAGCACGCCAGUUAAACUAUUAACCGUCACUGAGCAACGGUUAAGAAGAACAAAUUAACGGCAGUAGCUAGUUUAUAACGUUAACUCUUGUGUGUGUGUGUUAGUUUUAUUCUAUGUAGCUGUGUUUAGGAAAGUGAACUGGUUGCUGGUUGGUGUUGUUGUUUGCUAGCUGCUGUUGUUAGCUUGCUGGCUAACAGCGUCAAUGUCUCAUUGUUUGAGGAGGCAGAGAAAAGCAUCAGCAAAGAUGCUAAAGCUAAUGGUAGCUUGGUUUAUAAAGUCCCAACGGUUAGUUUUUCAAACUAAAGUGCACUGCUGUUGCUAGGCAGAACUGACUGGCUGUUGGAAGCAAGCUUGCCUUUACAGUCAACUAGCUUACAGUAAGCUACAGUGCAGUUAGCACAGGAACAGAAACAUAAAUAUUGACCCUAAAUUGCACCUGUUACUGAGGAACCAAACACAACAAGUUUCCUACUGGGAGUGAGGGACACGUGACUGCACCAUAACAGAUGUAAACUUGAUGAACAGCAUCUGUCCCCAGCAGUGGCUGUUGGCACAAUGGGGCUGGACUUUGAUGUAAAGACGUUCUGUCACAAUCUGCGGGCCACCAAGCCCCCUUAUGAGUGCCCUGUGGAGACGUGCCGUAAGGUCUACAAGAGCUACAGUGGCAUUGAGUAUCACCUUUACCACUAUGACCACGACAACCCCACUCCUGCACAGAGUGUGCCCCAGAAGAAGAGAAAGGGACGGCCUCCUCGCGCCUCAUUGGCUGGGUCAGGGGAUACGGACGAUGGUGGGGGUAACGGAGGAGGUGGAGGACCGGGGCAGGGGGGGAACACACCGGGUAGCCCCAACCGGUCGGAUCACUCCCACUCCCCGGGGAGAGAAACAAUGACAUACGCUCAGGCGCAGCGAAUGGUGGAGCUGGAGUUUCAAGGACGCAUCCACCGCAUCAGCAUCUUUGAGAACAUUGACGUGGUGUCAGAAGAAGACAGCGAUGCGGAGGAUGCUCCACCGUCUGGUACUGGUGGUAGUGGCGGAGGGGUGUGUAACGGUAGUGAUGGUGGAGCUGGAGGUAGCGAGGUAGGAGGUAGUGGCAAGGACCGGACAGAUAUCCCGUCCUCUAAUGGCGGCAAAUCCACCCCAAAGUCUGGGAAGCAUAAGAGUAAAGAAAAGAAGAAGGACGGCUCAUCUCAUCAUCACAGCGCUCAGUCCGGCCCUGCGGUCAAGCUCCCUGAGGCGGUGUUCAGAGAACUGGACCAAGAGAGACCUGAGGCCCCCCCUCGACCAUCAUCUUACUACAGGUACAUUGAUAAGUCUGUGGAGGAGCUGGAUGAGGAGGUAGAGUACGACAUUGAUGAGGAAGACUACAUCUGGCUUGACAUCAUGAACGACAAGCGGCGGCGUGACGGCGUGACACCCAUCCCUCAGGAGGUUUUUGAGUACCUCAUGGACCGCUUAGAGAAGGAGUCCUACUUUGAGAGCCACAACAAGGCUGACCCCAGCACCCUAAUCGAUGAAGACGCUGUCUGCUGCAUCUGUAACGACGGAGAGUGUCAGAACAGCAAUGUGAUCCUGUUCUGCGACAUGUGUAACCUGGCAGUACACCAGGAGUGCUAUGGUGUGCCCUACAUCCCAGAGGGACAGUGGUUGUGUCGUCGCUGCCUGCAGUCGCCAAGUAGAGCUGUGGACUGUGCUCUCUGCCCCAACAAGGGAGGUGCUUUCAAACAGACAGACGAUGCUCGCUGGGCUCACGUAGUGUGUGCCCUCUGGAUCCCGGAGGUCUGUUUUGCUAACACAGUCUUCCUGGAGCCAAUCGACAGUAUUGAACACAUUCCUCCAGCACGCUGGAAGCUCACUUGCUACAUCUGCAAGCAGCGUGGUUCCGGCGCCUGCAUCCAGUGUCACAAAGCCAACUGUUACACAGCCUUCCACGUCACCUGCGCCCAGCAGGCGGGCCUCUACAUGAAAAUGGAGCCCGUCAGAGAGACCGGGGCUAACGGCACCUCUUUCAGCGUCCGCAAGACGGCUUACUGCGACAUCCACACGCCCCCGGGAUCGGCGCGACCUUUGGGAGGAGUGGGCGGCGCCAGCAUGGGUUCGUCUCACAGCGAGGGAGAGCUGGAGGAGGAUGACGAGCCCAGCAUCGGCCACGAUGACGACUCCAAGGGCUGGAGCUCUGAGCGAGCCAAGAGGGCGAAGGCCAAGUCCAGGCUGAAGAUGAAAAGAGCGAGGAAGAUCUUGGCUGAGAGGAGAGCUGCUGCGCCGGUGGUGUCUGUGCCCUGCAUACCUCCCCAUAGGCUGAGCAAAAUCACCAGUAACUUGACGGUACCCAGGAAGAGCCAGUUCAUGCAGCGGCUUCACAGCUACUGGACCCUGAAGAGGCAAAGUCGUAAUGGUGUACCUCUGCUACGCCGGCUCCAAACCCACCUGCAGUCCCAACGACAUAUCGACCCACUCCCACCACCACCUCCAUCACAACUCCCUCCGUUGACUUGUGGAAUUAGGGACAGCGAGGAGAAACAUUCGGCUUUAAAGGAGCAGCUGAAGGCAUGGCAGAGACUGAGACACGACCUGGAGAGAGCCAGGCUGCUGGUGGAGCUCAUCCGUAAGAGGGAAAAACUCAAGAGGGAGACGAUUAAAGUGCAGCAGAUGGCGCUGGAGAUGCAGCUGACUCCCUUCCUGGUGCUGUUGAGAAGUACGUUGGAACAGUUACAGGAAAGAGACAUCAACAACUUCUUCACUGAGCCUGUACCGCUGGCAGAGGUGCCAGACUACCUGGACCACAUCGACACGCCAAUGGACUUCCAGACCAUGUGGAACCUGCUGGAGGCCCAUCGCUACCUCACUUUCGAGGCCUUCGAGGCAGACUUCGGCCUCAUUGUCAACAACUGUCUCAAGUACAACGCCAAGGACACAGUCUUCUACCGUGCCGCCCUGCGGCUCAGAGAGAUGGGCGGAGCCGUCAUAAGAACCGCCCGGCGCCACGCUGAGCGGAUAGGCUUUGACUACGAGGCUGGCAUACACCUCCCCCGAGAGCCGAGCCCAGACAGUCAGCGUGACCAAGACAGGGACAGAGAGAGGGAACGGGAACGGGAACGAGAACGGGAGCGCGAACGGGAGCGAGAACGGGAGCGAGAACGGGAACGAGACAGAGACAGAGACAGAGACAGAGACAGAGACAGAGACAGAGACAGAGACAGAGAUAGAGACAGAGAUAGAGACAGAGACAGAGACAGAGAACGAGAACGAGAUAGAGAACGAGACCGGCCAUUGUCCUCUAAUGAAGAUGACUUGCUCCUGCCAGAGAACAGGCGACGGCUACCGCUGGAAGAGCAGCUGCAUUACCUGCAGGCGCGUCUUGAUGAGGUCAGCACGGGGAAGCACAGCAUUGGGCAAUCUCGCAGAGCCAAAGCUCUGAGGAAGGAAAUCAGUGUGAUCAAGAGGAAGCUCGCGCACCAGCGGGAGGGAGGCUCCGGUAUGGGGGGAAGGGAGUCCGUGGGAGGAGGAGACCGGGGCUCUUCCCUCCCCCAUCACCCAUCCUCCUCAGUACACCACGAUGAAGGGGGAGAAAGCAGCAGCCAGGAGAUUGGUGGAAAAGAUAUGAGUGUGUCCUCGUCUGCCCUGGCUCCAGAGGUGGGCCGUCGGACAUCUGUCCUCUUCUCCAAGAAGAACCAAAAAAUGGCUGGACCCCCCAAAAGGCCAGGACGCCCCCCCAAGAACCGUGACGCUGGCUACGGUGGGGCGGGGUUGAGCCAAAGCCCUAUCGGUCCCCCUCAACUGCCCCUACUGUCACCAAGCAGGCAGAGGAAGAGGCCACGCAGCCCGCGCAGCAGCUCCAGCUCUGACAGCGACAGUGAUAAUGACGACCUGCUCCCAGGUUUGCCAAGUAACGGUUUCGACGGAGGAAACCAGCCAGUAACGGAGAGCUUCCGCGUGUACAGAAGUGAGUCUCGUCUCCCUCGUUCCAGCUCGGACUCUGAGUCCACAACCAGCAGCAGCAGCAGUGCAGCUUCUGACAGGACCAGUACGACCCCGUCUAAGCAGGGCAGAGGGAAGGCGUCGUUCUCUCGCUCCGCCUUCCAGGAGGACAGCAGCGAGGAGACGUCUGGCACUGAAAAUGAUUCCUACUCAGUCGGAGGAUCGCGGAGUGUUUCACAUUUGGUGCGGGGUCGGGCCAGGUCAGCAUGCUGGAUGUCUUCUGAUGACUAUUCUUCUCUUGAAGCUUUGGAUCUGGUGUGGGCCAAGUGCAGAGGCUAUCCUUCGUAUCCUGCUCUGAUAAUUGACCCGAAGAUGCCCAGGGAAGGGGUGUUCCACCGGGGCGUCCCGAUCCCCGUCCCCCCGUUGGAUGUGCUGAAACUAGGGGAGCAAAUGACCCAGGAGGCCAGGGAGCACCUGUUCCUGGUCCUCUUCUUUGACAACAAGAGAACUUGGCAGUGGCUGCCGCGCUCUAAGCUGGUGCCGCUCGGGGUGGACCAGGAGCUGGACAAGGAGAAGAUGCUGGAGGGCAGGAAAUCCAACAUCCGCAAGUCGGUGCAGGUGGCGUACCACCGCGCCAUGCAACACCGCAGCAAGGUGCAAGGAGACCCCAGCAGCGAGACCAGUGACAGUGACUGAAAACAAACACACACACACACAAUCACACACACACUGUGGAGUGUCUCUAUCGAGAGCCCAGCCCUCCAUCACAGAACAGAAGAAACCAGUAGCACAGUGGGGAAAACGAACAUCCACUACAUUGGCCCCAAGACACACACACACGUCAUGCACACUAAGCCGUAUUUAAUCUGACAUGUAAAAUAUUGUAUUUAAGAGAAUUGAAAAAAAUGGAAUAAUGAUGGAAAAAAUAUGCUAUGUUCAGAAUCACCAAUCAAAAUAAUCCUCGUAUGCGGUCGAUAUGUUUAAGAACGAUUGAGAUGAUGGUUUACAGACUCAAAACUUUAACACAUUUAUGAUGCAUACACAGCUCUGCCUCUCCCUGUCAUUUUUACACAUGUAGUUUUUACAUCUGAAUAGGGAAAUGCAUGUGUACAUCAAAUGCACACAAUGUGGGUAUGGCUGUGAAUGCCAUCGCCCCUGACACAUCUUCACAUCCAUCAACCACCUCUCCAAAAACAAAACAGGCCUGGUGCUAGUGUCCAGUCAUCUGUCAGUGGAGCACAAAGAGAGACUGCUGCAGCCUGAACUGUGGGCAAACCAACAUUAAUGUUAUUUAUUCUGCUUCUUAACAAGCUCCUUUUUAUCAUGGACUACUUCUAAUCACUCCUGCUACACAAGACAUUAUUGUGUGGUCCUAUUUUUCGUCCGUCACUCUGUGUUCAUCAUGUCUCCUGUUUUUACGGUUUUGUUAACGUCACACAGGCCGCCGGUCAACGAAUAAUGAGGACUAAACUUAAACACAUGAUCGCCUCAACUGUCUGUCUUAGACUCAGGCUGAUGGCUUUAGAACUUUUAUAUAUACAGAUUGCAUAAAGAUAGAAGUUUAAUAAAAAAGAAUUGAGUUUUUUAAA